AUGGUGAAAAAGCUCGGUCAGUGGCUUCCACUUGCAUUUAGCGACGGCAACCGUCAAAGACGCCUGGACAUCUGCACUCAGCUGCUCUCUAGAAGUCGCAGAUUCGACUGGCUGGACACCGUUGUCACUGGAGAUGAAAAAUGGGUCCUUUACGUCAACCACACCCACAAAUGUACCUGGUGCACUGGCGAUGAAAUGCAGGAUCCUUUCGUGAAAGAUGAAAUCCAUGAGAAGAAGGUCAUGCUGAGCGUCUGGUGGGGAGUUAGUGGAAACUACCGUUUCGAACUGCUGUCGGACAACACGACAGUUACUGCCGAGGUCUAUUGCGCUCAACUGCAAAGACUGAUCCGCAAGGAGCACCCGAAGCUCGACAACGUUCACCUGCUGCACGAUAACGCGCGCCCUCACAUCGCGAAGAAGACUUUCCAGAAAAUUCUGGAGCUCGGAUGGGAAGUUCUACCGCACUCACCGUCCAGCCCGGACCUGGCUCCGAGCGACUAG